AUGAAUGAAGUGGUUCAGAAAGAAGUAUUGAAGUUGUGGCAAGCAGGGGUGAUCUACCCCAUCUCAGACAGCCCUUGGGUAAGCCCAAUGCAAGUAGUUCCUAAGAAGGGAGGGAUCACUGUUGUGGCAAAUGAGAAGAAUGAUUUGAUACCCACAAGGACGGUAACCGGAUGGCGUAUGUGCAUUGACUACCGGAAGCAUAAUGAAGCCACCCGAAAGGAUCAAUUUCUCCUGCCCUUCAUGGACCAAAUGCUUGAAAGAUUGGCAGGACAUGAGUAUUACUAUUUUCUGGACGGAUAUUUGGGCUACAACCAGAUUGUUGUAGACCCCAAAGAUCAGGAAAAAACUUCAUUUACUUGUCCAUAUGAUAUAGCUAACUUCAAGGCUAUUCGGGAGCUACCAACUAACAUCAAUAAGCACAUGAGGAGGAAGGGCAGGAAGUAUUAUGGCAGUGCCAUAGGUCAGCAUAUGGAGGUCACUUCAUUGGAGAAAGGACAGCAGCAAAAGUGCUCCAAUCCGGAUUUUACUAGCCAACAGUUUUUAAGGAUGCCAAGAAAAUGGUGUCAAGAUUUCAUGGGACCCUUCCUAACCUCACACUCAAAUAGCUACAUAUUAGUGGUUGUUGAUUAUGUUUCAAGAUGGGUAGAGGCCAUAGCUACUGCAACAAAUGACAACAAGGUUGUGAUAAGCUUCUUGAGAAGGAAUAUCUUCAGUAGAUUUGGAGUUCCCAGAGCUCUCAUUAGUAAUAGAGGGUCACACUUCUGCAACAAACAAUUGGAAGCACUCCUUCUUAGAUAUGGAGUCAAACACAAAGUGGUAACUCCAUACCACCUACAGAGCAACGGGCAAGCCGAGAUUUCCAAGAGAGAGCUGAAACGAAUACUUGAAAAGACUGUUGGAAGUUCAGCAAAGGACUGGUCUAGGAAGCUAGACGAUGCUCUAUGGACCUACAGGAAAGCCUUCAAGACCCCCAUUGGGAUGUCACCAUACCAACUAGUAUUUGGCAAGGCUUGCCACUUACCAGUUGAACUAGAGCAUAGAGCCUUCUGGGCUCUAAAUGAAUUUUGA